AUAUUCUGCGGUGUGGCAAGAAGUGUGAUUUUUCACCGCUGGAUUUGCUCGUAUCGGACAUUUAUGGUGGCGACUACCCCUCGAUCGGUUUGAAGGGAAAUACUGUGGCUUCUAGUUUUGGCAAGGCCAACAAUAAGGAACAACGAGAGCAU